AUGGAAGUGCUCGACGACGCCAACGCCUUGCUGGCUCCUCUUCCCUUCGUCCUUCACCUCUGCUCGCUCUCGGAACUACAGCACUUGUCUCAAGUAUCACGCAAUAUAUCAGAUGUGUGUGAACUCGAGUGGCGUCUGCGCACCCUAGCGCGCUUCGGGACGCUACGCUUUGUCACGGACCAAUGGCGUCGCUGCUAUCUGCUCCGCGCACAGUUUCGGUGCAAAGCGGUGGAACAAGUGACGGCACGGGUUUAUCUUAUGAAUAAUCGGGGGGAAACGAGGUUUUUUACAACCGAGAGAGGGACCCCUCUCAUGUGUUCGCGCGAGCGAGCUCUGGUGUAUAGCCGGUGCAAGCGGAUGUUUGACCUCUCAUUAAGAAUAAACCGGUCCAUCCAAGAACUCUCGACGUUAAUUGGCAUGGUCUCGGUCGACGAAGCACGUGGUCUAUUGGAUGAACAUAUCAGUCUCAUGGCUUCUGUUGCAGCACUGAAAAGCUCGCUCCAUUUCGAGAGUGAACUCUUUCAACUUGUCCCGGCGCCGAUAUUAUUGGAUACGAACUCGCUAUUGCGAGUCAACUACAGAUUUGAAGCCCAAGAAGAUGCCGAGUUUCUACAGUCCUCGCUGAUCAUGAUGCAAGUCUGGGCAUCGAUUGAUGGGCUCAUUUAUCGACCGUUGGCGCCACCGGCUACGAUUCAGCCAACAACUCGUAUCAUCCAGAGUCAGCACAUUGGAGAGAACGUGGAGGAAGUGAUGGCUUACUCGUCAAUGAAGCUUCAUGAACUGUCAGGGAUGACAGUGAAUAUCGAUGAUAAUACGUUGCGGUACAGACUGCAGGGAGACGAAAUGUGUGUCAAUGCUUUGGUGAGCAACACGUACUUGCUCUAUCUGUUCAAUCCGCUGCAGUAUCGUCCGUCAGAUUGGACAUUCGAGGCAAUGCUUCAGGUUGGUGAGACGACAUACGUUCUGCCUGUGCAGAGAGAAGGUGUGUUUCUGAAUGCUACGUCCCAUGCACUGAGGAUCUUUCUUUCUUAUGGUAAGCUGCCAGACAAGUCAACUUCACGGUUGCCAACGAAGAAAAUGUCGAUUGACGACCAAGAGCAACAGAGUGAGUCAGCGGGAGUGGCCGGUGCAACUACAGAAGAUCCUCUACUUGAUGGUGCUCGUGGAGCUGAGGACAGCAAGCCGCUGGAAAUCCCAUACGAAGGACAACACGAGAUUUUCGCGUUCCACCUGACUGCAACAAACCGAAUCUCGAAGAAAACGUGCGUCGUGGCGUCUAAAGCGACGUAUCUGUCGCUAGUACCACCACCCAGUGAUACAGUGACUGGUGGUUCACGUCUUGGACAACAGACUGUCGAAGUGUCAACAACGAUGUCUAACGACUCGAUACGAGGAGACGAAGAGGAUGAUAGCAAUACCUCUGCAACAUCACAUGGUGGUAUAGUGGCGCUGGAGCGACACGUGCACCUCCCUUCCGACGCCAUGAUCUGCUACUAUUUUGCUCCGAGUUGUUGUCUCCAGUAUGUGGAGUUUGCAAUUGGGUUCGAGCCGUUAAUGCACCUUCUUGGUGUUGCCAAGUUCCUGUCCGAUACGUUGGUUUCUUGCUAG